CUCAGUCCAUAGUUGCAGUUGCGUUUAUUCCCUGCUCCUCCUCCCCUAUCAUCAGCAGCACUGGAAGAAGGGAACUGCUGCUCGCUCAGAGCUCAACCAACGGCCGCACAGGACUGACGGGAGCUUUAAAUAUUCUCGCUGCCAGUUUGCAAUCCCACCCCUUCAGCCAGCGCUUGUGGUACAAUCCGAGGAGCCGCUGUCUGCACCCGGGAUGCUAAACGCGCCUGCUUGUGGGACUGACACUAGAAGAGCGCGUCCAAGCUGAAAACAAGUCAGCCCUCGCCGACCCCCGACAUAAACGCUUCCUUGCCGCGUCCUAUGGGCUGCCGAGUGCUGUGUAGCGAGGAAUACAACGUGGAUCUAUCAGAAGCGGUCAAGCAAGGGCACCCACUGCUAUAGACGAUGGCAAGAAGUGCGCAGGGCAAAGGGAAUCGGCGUUGGGAAUCGGCGCUGCUGAAAGUUCCCCGUCUGUUGUAGGAAUAUCCCUGUGCUUUCUGCCUCAUGCUUAAACAAAUGAAGGUCAUUUUCUGAAGAAUGGAACAGAUGGAUAGCAAGCCUUAUCAGCCAUUAUCCAAAGUUAAGCAUGAAAUGGAUCUCACCUACACAAGCUCUUCCGAGGAUAGCGAAGACGAGCAGAAACCUAGACAAUCAUACAACUCCAGAGAAACUCUUCAAGAGUGCACACAGGAAAUAAGACUUAACUAUAACAGCCAUAGUAGCAGGAAGAGGAAAGCAGUGGAUGAUCCCAGUCAAGAGAUGGAAUUCUGUGAAACACCACAUAUCUUAUGCUCUGGCUACCAGACUAACUUACACAGUAUUUCACAACAUGGCUACCCUGUAGAGAUGGGAUCUGAUGUGGACACUGAGACAGAAGCAGUUUCACCAGACCGGGCUCUCAGGAUGUGGAUGAGGGAGAUGAAAUCAGAACACAGUUCUUGCUUGUCAAGUAGAGCUAACUCAGCAUUAUCCCUGACGGACACCGAUCAUGAAAGGAAGUCUGAUGGGGAGAAUGACUGGACUAGACUAUUAGACUGUGGAAGCAGUUCACCAAAAAUGAUCCCAGCAAGUCCAAGAAACCAGUUUACUUUCAGACCCCUUCCACCUCCACCUCCUCCACCGCAUGCAUGCACCUGUAGCCGGCAGACAUCUCAGACACUGGAUACUCUCCAGAGGAGCUCUAUGACAUCCUGCAGCCAGCCAAGUCCAGCUGCUUCAAACCCUCCUGGUGUUACUCAAGAUUCUGUGCACCUGCAUAACAGUUGGGUACUGAACAGCAACAUUCCGCUGGAGACCAGGCACUUCCUGUUUAAACACGGAUCUGGUUCAUCUCCUAUUUUCAGUGCCGCCAGUCAGAACUAUCCUUUAACAUCCAAUACUGUUUACUCCCCACCUCCCAGACCUCUUCCCAGAAGCACUUUCUCAAGACCCGCCUUCACAUUUAACAAAUCAUAUCGUUGCUGUAACUGGAAGUGUACAGCAUUAAGCGCCACCGCCAUUACAGUCGCUCUGGCACUGUUGCUUGCAUAUGUUAUCGCAGUUCAUUUGUUUGGCUUAACUUGGCAACUUCAACCCGUCGAGGGCCCAUUAUAUGAGAAUGGUGUCAGUAAGGGAAGUAGAAGUGAAGAAUCCACAGACACCACUUUCUCGCCACUCGGGGGAAAGGUUUCUGACAAGGCAGAGAAAAAGGUUUAUCAACGAGGAAGAGCAAUAGACUCAGGAGAAAUCGAUAUUGGAAAGCAAAUCAUACAGACCAUUCCACCAGGCUUGUUCUGGCGCUUUCAGAUUAUGAUCCACCACCCAUUGUAUUUAAAAUUUAAUGUUUCACUGGCAAAGGACUCUCUCCUGGGUAUAUAUGGAAGAAGAAAUAUACCACCAACACAUACACAGUUUGAUUUUGUAAAGCUGAUGGAUGGAAAGCACUUGAUUAAGCAAGAGCCAAAAAAUACAGAAAACCCCCAGCAUGCACCUCGGAGCCUAAUCUUGGCGUCCUUACAAGAGACAGGCUUCAUUGAAUACAUGGAUCAAGGUGCCUGGCAUUUAGCCUUUUACAAUGAUGGAAAAAAGAUGGAGCAAGUACUUGUAUUAACAACAGCAAUCGAAAUGAUGGAUGAUUGUUCUACCAACUGCAAUGGAAAUGGAGAGUGCAUCUCUGGCCAUUGUCACUGCUUCCCAGGAUUCCUUGGGCCCGACUGUGCUAGAGAUUCCUGCCCUGUACUCUGUAGUGGCAAUGGAGAAUAUGAAAAGGGACACUGUGUUUGUCGUAAUGGGUGGAAAGGUGCAGAAUGUGAUGUUCCUGAGGAGCAGUGUAUUGACCCAACUUGUUUUGGACAUGGAACUUGCAUAAUGGGAGUGUGCAUUUGUGUUCCAGGAUACAAAGGGGAGAUUUGUGAAGAAGAGGAUUGUAUUGAUCCCAUGUGUUCUGGCCAUGGAGUGUGUGUGCAAGGAGAGUGCCACUGUUCUGCUGGCUGGGGAGGAGUGAACUGUGAGACCGUUUUAGCUUUAUGUCAGGAACAGUGCUCUAGCCAUGGAACAUUUCUCUUGGAAAGUGGUACCUGCAGCUGUGAGCCUCGUUGGACAGGACCGGAUUGUUCUACAGAGCUCUGCUCAGUGGACUGUGGAAGUCAUGGUACUUGCUCAGGGGGGGUCUGUCAAUGUGAAGAUGGCUGGGGAGGAGCCAGUUGUGAUGAACGCACAUGCCAUCCAAUCUGUGCCGAGCACGGCCUGUGUAAGAAUGGAAAAUGCGAAUGCAGUCCCGGAUGGGAGGGAGAACAGUGCACAAUAGCACAAUACCUGGAUGCAGUAAGAGAUGGCUGUCCAGGACUUUGCUAUGGAAAUGGCAGAUGUACCCUGGAUCAGAACGGCUGGCACUGCUUGUGCAAAGUUGGCUGGAGUGGACCUGGAUGCAAUAUCAUCAUGGAGAUGCUGUGCGCUGAUAACUUGGAUAAUGAUGAAGAUGGCCUGACAGACUGUGUGGAUCCUGACUGUUGCCAACAAGUCAAUUGCUUCUCCAGUCCCCUCUGUCAAGGUUCACCUGACCCUCUUGAUCUUAUUCAGCAAAGUCAGCCUCCAUUCUCUCAACAUCCCCCAAGACUCUUUUAUGAUCGUAUUAAAUUUCUUAUUGGCAAGGAUAGUACCCAUGUGUUGCCUGGGGAAAUCACUUUUGACAGCAGUCGUGCCUGCGUCAUCCGGGGACAGGCGGUAGCUGUGGAUGGAACACCACUUGUGGGAGUCAACGUCAGCUUUUUACAUCACAGUGACUAUGGGCACACGAUUAGUCGCCAGGAUGGAAGUUUUGACCUUGUCACAAUUGGGGGAAUAUCUGUCACCCUGCUUUUUGAGAGAUCACCUUUCGUUUCUGUGAAGAGGACAUUGUGGCUGCCUUGGAACAAAUACAUUGUAGUGGAAAAAGUGGUAAUGCAGAGGGCAGAAAUGGAGAUUCCGCUGUGUGACAUGAGCAGUUUCAUGAGUCCAAACCCUAUUGUCCUUCCUUCGCCAUUAACAACAUUCGCAGCUGCCUGCCCCCGGCGAGGAUCUGUUAUUCCAGAACUUCAGGUGGCCCAAGAGGAAAUUCCAAUCCCAUCGAGCUUUCUAAAAAUCAACUACUUAAGCAGCCGAACAGUUGGGUACAAAAGCCUUGUGUAUAUUAUUCUGACCCAUGCCGCCAUUCCUGUUGGACUCAGCAAGGUACAUUUGACCGUAGCAGUGGAAGGAAGACUUGUACACAAAUGGUUCCCUGCAGCCAUCAACCUAGUCUACACGUUUGCCUGGAACAAAACGGACAUUUACGGUCAAAAAGUGCUGGGCCUUGCAGAAGCACUAGUGUCGGUCGGGUAUGAAUACGAGUCUUGCACAGACUUUGUGUUGUGGGAGAAAAGAACGGUCACGCUGCAAGGCUUUGAGAUGGAUGCAUCAAACCUUGGAGGCUGGUCAUUCAACAAGCAUCAUAUUUUAAAUCCUCAAAAUGGAAUAUUGCACAAAGGAGAUGGGGAAAAUGUAUUUAUAUCCCAGCAGCCCCCAGUGAUCUCUACACUUAUGGGGAAUGGCCAGCAGAGAAGUAUCUCCUGCUCCAACUGCAACGGGCCGACUAGUAACAGCAAACUCUUUGCUCCCGUCGCACUGGCAACCGGACCAGACGGAAGCCUAUACGUUGGCGAUUUUAACUACGUUAGGAGGAUUUACCCUUCUGGAAAUGUCAUCAAUGUAUUAGAACUCAGAAACCGAGAUACUCGGCACAGCACCAGCCCAGCCCACAAGUAUUACUUAGCUGUAGACCCUGCCUCGGAGUUGCUUUACCUGUCAGACACAAGUACAAGAAGAGUCUACAAAGUGAAAUAUCUCUCUGAAGUGAAGGACUUGGCAAAGAACUUUGAGGUUGUCGCAGGCACUGGGGAUCAGUGUCUUCCUUUCGAUCAGAGUCACUGUGGAGAUGGUCUAAGAGCACAUGAGGCAUCUCUCAACAGUCCCAGAGGUAUUACCGUGGAUGGGCAUGGCUUUGUAUACUUUGUUGAUGGCACCAUGAUUCGAAAAAUUGAUGACAGAGGUGUGAUCUCAACGAUAAUAGGUCACAAUGGGCUCACAUCAACUCAGCCACUGAGCUGUGAUUCAGGAAUGGACAUCAGCCGGGUGCGGCUAGAGUGGCCAACAGACCUGGCAGUGAAUCCCAUGGAUAAUUCUUUGUAUGUCUUGGACAAUAAUAUUGUUCUUCAGAUCACUGACAACAAUAGAGUUCGAAUCAUUGCCGGGCGACCCAUACAUUGUCAAGUUCCUGGCAUUGAUUACUUCCUUGUCAGCAAAGUAGCAAUCCACUCAACUCUGGAAUCGGCCAGGGCCAUUGCUGUGUCCCACAGCGGAGUUCUUUUCAUUGCUGAAACAGAUGAGAGGAAGAUCAAUAGGAUACAGCAGGUCACUUCAAAUGGAGAGAUUUCGACUUUAGUUGGAGCUCCGUCCGAAUGUGACUGCAAGAUUGACCCAAACUGUGACUGUUUUUCAGGUGAUGGUGGAUUUGCAAAAGAUUCUAAGUUAAAAGCUCCAUCAUCCUUAACGGUGUCUCCAGAUGGAACAUUGUACAUAGCAGACCUUGGCAACAUAAGAAUCCGUGCAGUGAGCAAAAACAAGCCUCAUCUCAAUCCUACGAAUAUUUAUGAGGUGGCAUCGCCAGCAGACCAAGAACUGUAUCAAUUCAGUACCAACGGGACCCACCUCCACACAUUAAACCUAAUAACUAGGGACUAUGUUUACAAUUUCACCUACAAUGGAGAUGGAGAUAUCAGCUACAUCACAAACAGCAAUGGGAAUUCUGUGCACAUUCGCAGGGAUGCAGGGGGUAUGCCCCUGUGGUUGGUGGUACCUGGAGGUCAGGUUUAUUGGCUGACUAUCAGCAGCAAUGGAGUUUUGAAAAGAAUUUCUGCUCAAGGAUACAACCUGGCACUGAUAACAUAUCACGGUAACAGCGGAUUGCUGGCCACCAAAAGUAAUGAGAAUGGUUGGACUACGGUUUAUGAGUACGAUCCUGAUGGACAUUUAACAAAUGCAACCUUUCCGACGGGAGAAGUCAGCAGUUUUCACAGUGAUAUGGAAAAGGCCACGCGAGUCGAACUUGAUACGUCAAGCAGAGAAAAUAUAGUGACAACAACCAACAUAUCUGCAACUAGUACUGUAUAUGCAUUAAGACAAGAAAACAAUCUAAACACCUAUCGAGUCAAUCCUGAUGGUUCUUUAAGAGUUACCUUUGCCAGUGGGAUGGAAAUUAUGCUAAAUGCAGAACCACACACAUUGGGAGGAGUUGUAAGUCCAACAUUAGGAAAAUGCAAUAUCUCACUUCCCGGGGAGCACAGCCCAAACCUUAUUGAGUGGCGCCAGAGAAAGGAGCAAAACAAGGGCAAUAUCUCAGCGUUUGAAAGGCGCCUAAGGGCUCACAACAGAAAUUUGCUGUCCAUCGACUUUGAUCACAUAAGUAGAACAGGGAAAAUCUAUGAUGAUCACCGGAAAUUCACUCUAAGGAUACUGUACGAUAAAACGGGACAUCCAAUUCAGUGGUCACCAAGUAGCAAGUACCACGAUGUGAAUAUCACUUACUCACCAUCUGGCCUUGUUAAUUACAUUCAGAGGGGGACAUGGACAGAGAUGAUGGAGUAUGAUCAAACUGGGAAGAUUGUUUCCCGAACCUGGGGAGAUGGAAAAAUGUGGAUCUACUCAUACCUAGAAAAGACCAUUAGCCUUUUCUUGCAUAGCCAACGACGCUACAUCUUCGAAUAUGACCAUUCAGAUUACCUUGCUUCAGUAACUAUGCCUAACAUGAUGCGUCAUACUUUGCAAACAAUGCUCUCUGUUGGCUAUUACCGGAAUAUUUAUAGCCCACCCGACAAUGGUGGCUCUUUCAUUCAAGACUUCAGUGGAGAUGGCCACCUCUUGCAGACAUUACAUGUCGGAACUGGACGAAGAGUGCUAUAUAAAUAUACCAAACAAACACGUCUUUCAGAGAUUGUCUAUGACACCACCCAAAUCACGUUUACAUAUGAGGAAACUUCUGGAGUCAUUAAAACAAUACAUUUAAUGCAUGAAGGCUUCGUUUGUGCCAUUCGAUACAGAAAGACAGGUCCUCUCAUUGGAAGGCAGAUCUUUCGAUUCAUCGAAGAAGGCCUAGUUAAUGCCAGGUUUGACUACAGUUACAAUAAUUUCCGAGUUACCAGCAUGCAAGCCAUGAUAAACGAGACUCCUCUUCCCAUCGAUUUGUAUCGCUAUGUUGAUGUGUCUGGAAGACUAGAACAAUUUGGGAAGUUCAGUGUUAUCAAUUAUGAUCUAAAUCAAGUCAUCACAACUACAAUGAUGAAGCACACAAAGAUUUUUAGUUCUAGUGGUCAAGUCAUUGAAGUGCAAUAUGAAAUUCUGAAGGCCAUUGCAUAUUGGAUGACAAUCCAGUACGAUAACAUGGGUCGCAUGAUAAAAUGCAACAUACGAGUAGGAGUAGAUGCUAAUAUAACGAGGUAUUUCUAUGAGUAUGAUGCUGAUGGACAACUUCAAACAGUGUCUGUUAAUGAUAAGCCCCAAUGGCGUUACAGUUAUGAUCUCAAUGGAAACAUCAAUCUUCUCAGCCAUGGGAACAGCGCCCGUCUUACCCCAUUAAGGUACGAUGGUGGAGAUCGCAUUACAAGACUUGGAGAGAUUCAGUAUAAAAUGGAUGAAGAUGGAUUUCUUAGACAAAGAGGAAAUGACAUAUUUGAAUUUAACUCCAAUGGCCUUUUGAGCAAAGCGUACAACAAAGUUGCAGGCUGGAGUGUCCAAUGCCGCUACGAUGGACUAGGGAGACGAGUGGCUAGCAAAUCAAAUCUGGGAUCUCAUUUACAAUUCUUUUAUGCAGAUCUGGCAAAUCCAAUGAGAGUCACCCAUUUGUACAAUCACUCAAGUUCUGAAAUAACAUCACUUUAUUACGAUCUUCAAGGCCACCUCAUUGCUAUGGAACUGAGCAGCGGAGAGGAAUAUUAUGUUGCAUGUGACAACACAGGAACACCUUUGGCGGCUUUCACUAGUAGGGGUCAAGUCAUUAAGGAAAUUCUAUACACGCCCUAUGGAGACAUUUACAGCGAUACAAAUCCAAGUUUUGAAGUUAUAAUUGGAUUUUAUGGAGGACUGUAUGAUUCCUUAACCAAACUUGUACAUCUCGGUCAAAGAGAUUAUGAUGUUGUUGCCGGUCGAUGGGCCACGCCUAAUCUUCGUAUUUGGAAUAAACUGAACAUUGACCCUAAACCAUUCAACCUAUACUCUUUUGAAAACAAUUAUCCUGUUGGUAGGACACAAGAUGUGGCACAGUAUACUACAGACAUCGGAAGUUGGCUGGAACUAUUUGGAUUUCAGCUUCAUAAUGUGCUACCUGGGUUUCCAAAGCCAGAAUCAAAAGACUUUCAAUCAACAUAUGAGUUGCAACAGCUACAGACCCAAACGCAGGAGUGGGAUCCAGGAAAGACUGUCCUUGGCAUUCAAUGUGAGCUCAGGAAGCAGCUGAGAAAUUUCAUAUCUUUGGAUCAACUGCCUAUGGCCCCCAAACAAAAUGAAGGAAAAUAUCAUGCUAAAUUAAAUUACCCCAGAUUCGCUGCCAUCCCUUCUGUUUUCGGAAAAGGCAUCAAAUUCGCCAUUAAAGAAGGAAUUGUGACAGCUGACGUCAUUGGUGUUGCAAAUGAAGACAGUCGACGUAUUGCAGCCAUACUGAACAAUGCACAUUACCUGGAAAAAUUACAUUUUACUAUUGACGGUCGUGAUACUCAUUACUUUAUUAAGCUGGGUUCUUUGGAAGAAGAUCUGGCUGUCAUCGGUAAUUCUGGCAGUGGGCGCAUUCUGGAAAAUGGAGUCAAUGUUACUGUAUCGCAAAUGACUUCAGUAGUUGGUGGAAGGACUCGUAGGUUUGCAGAUAUCCAGCUUCAACAUAACACCCUGUGUUUUAAUGUACGGUAUGGGACAAGUAUGGAAGAAGAAAAGAACCAUGUUCUAGAACUGGCCAGGCAGAGAGCUGUGGCUCAAGCUUGGACAAAAGAGCAGAAGCGGCUCCAGGAAGGAGAGGAAGGCAUAAGACAGUGGACAGAAACAGAAAAACAACAGCUAUUGAAUACAGGAAAGGUACAAGGCUAUAGCGGAUAUUUUGUUCUAUCUGUGGACCAAUAUCUAGAACUUUCUGAUAAUGCCAACAACAUUCACUUCAUGAGACAGAGUGAAAUAGGCAGGAGGUAACAAACAAACAAGAAAAAACAAAAAGAAAAAACUCUUUGCCUUUGCGUCACCAAAGACUGCCUGUUUUUAAAAGCAUAAAAUGGUUUAUUGUAUUGAUUUUCUAGAUCAGAUAUCUGUUAAUGUAAAUAUAAAGAAAAAUGUAUCCAACUGCCUUUAAAUGUGACAAAAGAUGGUAUUUUAAUAUUGUUAGUUUUAAAAACGGUAUCCUUCAAGCACUCAUGAGGCCAUUUAGCGCCACGCUGAGCAACGGUUUAAUGGCCUCCCGGGUGUUCAUGGGAUUAAAAAAAAAAAUGACUGUAAAAGCUUAUAAUUUUUGUGUGGCGGUAUAUAAAGUUUUCGCUUGCAUAUUAACCAUGACAAAGUUGCCGCUCAUCCGGAGGCUAGAGCUUAUGUGAUGUUAGAACUUUUAGACAAAAAUCCUACCUACAGAUUAAUAGUACGUAUAUGAUGACAAACACAUGUGCAAAGCUGAAAUCCUCUGUCAUUGUUUCUUAUUUUUCAUAAACAAGCAUUCUUUCAAAAUAAAAAAAAUAAAUAAAAUCCA